AAAAUGGGCUUAAAGAGACGCGGGAUCUCAGCUGCGCUGCACAGAGCCCGGCAGGCAGGCAGGCGUGUGUCGAAGGGGGCGGGAGCCCAGCCGCCGUCAAGAUGCUCCACUCCCUCGGCGUUCACACCUUGCAGCUGCUCACGCAGGUCGCUGCCUGCAUCCUCCUGUUCCCCCGCUUCCUGCUCACCGCGCUGAUGCUCUGGCUCCUGGAUUUUCUCUGCAUCAGGAAGAAGGUGCUGCUGGUGGGCAGCAGGGCGGAGGAGGAAGCCUGUCCUGGCCAAGAGCCGCCCCCGGACGACCCCCCGGUCUGCGUGUCCGACUCCAACCGCAUGUUCACCCUGGAGUCCCUGAAAGCCGUGUGGCACGGGCAGAAGCUAGACUUCUUCAAGUCAGCCCACGUGGGCUCCUCCGCCCCCAACCCCGAAGUCAUCCAGCUGGACGGGCAGAAGCGGCUUAGGCUCCUGGACUACGCCCGAGGCAAGAGACCCCUGAUCCUGAACUUCGGGAGCUGCACCUGACCCCCGUUCAUGGCUCGCCUGAGGUCCUUCCAGCGCCUGGCUGCGCACUUCGUGGACAUCGCUGACUUCCUGCUGGUCUACAUCGAAGAGGCUCACCCCUCCGACGGCUGGGUCAGCUCGGACGCAGCCUACCAGAUCCCCAAGCACCAGUGCCUCCAGGACAGGCUGAGGGCGGCUCAGCUGAUGCAGGAAGGGGCGCCUGGCUGCCCGCUGGCAGUGGACACCAUGGACAAUGCUUCCAGCGCCGCCUAUGGCGCCUUCUUUGAAAGGCUCUACAUCAUCCAGGAGGAGGUGGUGAUGUACCAGGGAGGCAGAGGACCAGAGGGCUACAAGAUCUCCGAACUGCGGAGCUGGCUCAACCAGUACAAAAACCGGCUCCAGAGCCCCAGCACGGUGGUCAUCCACGUGUAAAGGAAACGGCCCCUGUGCUGGGGUGAGGAGGGGGGUGUCCUCCAGGGGGGGUGGUAGGAGCUGUUCUCCGCUCCUCUCCCUCGGGACUUGCAGGCUGCUGUGUGAGUUUCAUGCAAGUGCCAUUGUUGCCCCUUCUCUGAUCGAAUCAUGUUGAUUUGCCAGCCCAGCUCCGUUCAUGCUGCAUGUCCUUGUGCAUCUUGUAAAUACCCCUUUUUUGUAAAAACAAAGCGUUCCCUAUUUUUAUGGAGGUUUUUCUAGGGGGUCUGGGUCCGUGUGUGUGUGCGCGUGCUUGUGUGUACGAGUGGUCUCUGCUGAGUGCCCGGAAAACACUAGUUGGCAUUUCUAGUAUCGCUUGGUGACGACCGAUUUUGAAAUGGUUUUCAAAAUACCAGGGAAUCGAGUCCGAUGUUGUUAGAUACUAGAAGUGCCACUAGCCGGGGCAAAACGGAAUGUCCUAUUUAUGGGAUCUCUCCUUUUUUUUGUAAAAUGUGCGUUCAUUUUUUAUGAACUUUUUAUA